CAAGCUCCAGAGCCAACACGUUCGCACCUCAGCACCUUCGAAAACUGCCACACUCAAUAAGAUCUGUCUAAGGCUGUCAGCUGUCAUGUGCUAGUUGUUGGUCACUGGCUAGAUGCUCUUACGCGAGACAUCAGCACGUGCGGGAGAGUCGCUUGCAUUCAACCAAGGCAUUCCUAGAUCUCAGGAUCUGCAACGAGGUAUUGCUCUAUCUCUUACCGCCCCCGGUCAUUUCAAAUACCUGCCUUCCCAUCGACGACAACUCUGAGUUACUGCGCAACUGUACAAUGAAUUUGCUGUCCUAACCAUGGCCGUAGCUUCACAGGGUCCCCCAACUCGAUCAAACUCUCGUCCAUCUUUGUUGGACAAAAGGUCUACCGUAUCCAUCUCUGAGGCGCUAGAGCAAGAUUCCAGAGACAUGGCAGAGCAGCCAGACAUGCUGAAGCGGGAGGCGGCUUCGCAGCCAAGUGUUGGACAGGAUGACUACCUGCAGCCUACGACGUCGAAUGGAGAGAGCACACACUCGUCGGCAAUAGAAGAUGACCAUGGUUCUGGUUCUUACGCUGCGUCGGCGACCACGCCUGGCACACUUUCAAGGACUGCGUCUUUCUCUGGCGAUGAGUACGACGAGUCUGUCCCACCCCUCGACCGCCUCACUAUCUUCGAUCUGAUCGAGAACCUCGCUCUGCCGCAGAGGCUAGAACGUCUCCAGUCUCAAAUCUCAUUGCAGACGGAAAAGGUUCGGAGGCAGCAGGAACGUAUCAAAUCUUCGGGCCAGAACGCAAAGAAUAAAGUUGUUGAGGAGUGGCGGCGAAGGGUUCCCACCGCGGAGGAGCAGCUUGAGAAGUACAAGAGGCGCAUGAGACAAUCAGUCGACCGGUUGAACAGCAAAUGGAACGAUUCACGAUCUGUCACUCUACGCGAAAAAAUCUCCUUCAUCGCCGGUGUCAUGAAUGUCUUCCUCAGCGGCUACAUCGUUGGGGGCUGGCCACAUCUGUAUCCUUACUGGUACAGCGCGCAGUUGCUCUACUUCAUGCCCAUCCGCUUCUACACAUAUCAUAAGAAAGGUUAUCACUACUUCCUAGCGGAUCUGUGCUACUUUGUCAACGUCUUGACUAUGCUAAGCAUCUGGGUGUUCCCCAACUCGAAGCGGUUAUUCAUCAGUGCUUUCUGCCUCGCCUUCGGUAACAACGCCAUCGCUAUAGCGAUGUGGAGAAACUCUCUCGUGUUUCAUUCUAUGGACAAGGUCGUUAGUCUGUUCAUCCAUAUUAUGCCUUGCGUAACUCUGCAUUGCAUUGUUCACCUCAUCCCGCCAGAACUCCAGGCGCAGAGAUACCCAGCCAUCUACAAGAUUCUCACCUCCGAUCCUUCUUCCCCACAGCACUACUCGCUUUGGCAGAUGAUGUUCUGGGCGUCUUGGCCCUAUGCAGUCUGGCAAUUAUCAUACCACAUCUUUAUUUCCGUGCGUCGUGCUGAAAAGAUAGCUGCAGGUCGCCCAACUUCAUUCACCUGGCUGCGACGCUCCUUCGCCAAUACCUGGAUUGGAAAAUUUGUACUCAGUCUUCCAGAAAGUAUGCAAGAAACAGCAUACAUGCUCAUUCAGUACACUUAUGCACUUCUCACCAUGAUUCCAUGUCCACUUUGGUUCUGGUACCGCUGGGCGAGCGGGACCUUUCUCAUGGUCGUGUUUACAUGGAGCGUCUGGAAUGGGGCGACAUUCUACAUUGACGUGUUUGGCAUGCGCUUUGCCAAGGAACUGGAGCAACUGAAGAAAGAUGUGGCAAAGUGGCAGAACACGCCUGAGCUCAUGGGCAAGACACCGCUCAUAAGCCCGGAUCAGGAACAUGUCGGUAACCCUCUUGCAAGCCCACCACCCGAGAAUUCGGUUUCUGCGCUUCAGAAGGCCAGUAUGGGUGAGGGAAGUGAAGUGAGUACUGCAGAAAAGCCGGACAUCAAUCAGAUUCCACCAUUAGAUGCUGCAGCAGAGGCGAAAGGAACGGGCGCAGAAACCAGAAGUGAUGAAGGAGGUAUGAAAGAGAGAAGGAGUGGUUAAGAGCUUUUGUUUUUUUUAUACAGAGUGUGUGCAAUGAUCUCUUUUGCGCUUUGCUUUUUUGGUUUUAACCAAAGUUGUUCCUUGCGAGCGAGACGUACGAUACCCAGCUCUCCCUUAAUUGAUUUCGCAUCUCCAUGAGAUCUUCUUUUGAACUCACUACGAGCAUCUCGAAAUGCUUUUUUCUAAGGAAAUCUGGCUCAAGACAUCCGGGAUUGACGUGACGCCCAUUCUUUAGAACAACCUUCACGUCGGUCUCGGUCACGGAGACUCUUUUUCUGGCCAUCAAUUCUGUUUGGCGGUGUAUUAAUUGCAUAAUCAGUAGAGGAUUUCAACGGAACAUCAUUCACCAUGUUCUGCCUACACAAAUAUUGGGUUCGCAUAGUAGGUUUGGGAACGCUCGAGACUACGCGCACAUGUAGGAAAAGUGACCUUCGCUUAAAUAGCUAGCCUACAUGACCCGAAUUUUUCACAUAUUUGAUCACCAUCCGUCUUCGCUGUUU